GCGCGCGUGGCAAGUUCUGAAUUUUUUUGACAUUUCAGAUUUGUCGACCCUUUCCGCAAAGGGAUGCCACGUCUUUUGAAAGCUGAUUCCACCGACGCAGAGAAAGAUGACAAAUGUGGUUCCUCAAUCUACUUUCUGCGAGUGAAAGGUGAAACAGGAGCCAAUUCCAUUUUAUUGCUCUGGGAACGCCUUCUGCAGAGCUAUUUGUCAUUUUCACAAGCUGGAGCGCCGUCGUUCGUGAUCAACAGCACUGAGGAAUUCCAGCGGGAUCCACCGCGCUACUUCGAAUUUGGUGUCAAAAACCAUGUGUGGUCUUCCGAGUAUAACACGAAAAACGGCGUUAAGGAGCUUAUAUUCCAUUUUUACCUCGCCAAUGAUAUGUUCGACACGUUUUCUUGGAUUAUAGCUUUUUGCCUCAUAGACAGGCUUCAGCUCAUGUAUUACGUGCAGCAAACUCUCGCCAAAACAGGCUUUUGCGAGCCCUCAGACAGAAAGAAGGACACAUUCCGUUUAUCAACCGAUUAUCUCAUUCACAUCUUGUUCAUUGUGUAUUCCUUGGCCUUAAAGUGGCACCUUGACUUCAGCGUCUCGCUGAACUACAUGGCACACCUGCUCCCAUUUUCCUAUUUCCAUCGCCGAAAAAUUCUUUCCGCAUCUGUUCAGUUUGAGCGAUACAUCUUGCGGCUUCUGGAGUAUAACUGUUAUGUAAGCGAAUCGCAGGUAACUCAGCUCCUUGAUCACUUUCUAACUGCAUCUGAGCAAAAAUGCAUCUUCGAUGACAUGCAUAGAGUGCAUUGACAUUUAACUGUUACCGUAUUUUAUCAUUUUUUCUUUAUAGGUUACUGCUAUUAUACUCUUUAUAUUUUACCUUGAUUUAUUGUUAUAAUUCACCUGUUUUCUAACCAUCUUCACUAUUGGUGUAAAUAUGUUUU